CAAAUGGGAGUCUCUGACGCUUCCCUAUCGAUCUCCUAGGUGCAAAGUCCAUAGUUAUUCUCGCUGUCAUUGAGACCCCGCGUGGGAGUCUGCAGGCAGCGACAGCCGCGGGGCCUGCGAUUUGUAUGGGGCUGGGAAUCUGUAGAGCCAGGACUCCAGCUUCCCGCCCCCUCCUUCCCCUCUUCCUCCUCCUCUUUCCCUGGGAAUUGCCAGGACUGCAGGCAGAGGCGGCCCAGCCUCUUUUAUUCUUUAGCUCACAUUCCCCUGUGACAAUCCUAGGUGAGCUGCCAGUUCUGGGGAUCCUCUAGUUGAUUCCCACGAUCUUACCUCCCUCUACAUCACUCCCUUUCUCCCUACUACCACGUGCCUGCAGCCAAGGACUCCAGUCUCCAGCAGUGACCUAGAAAAAAAGACUUAUUAGAGAAGAACUCUUUCUCUGAAGGGAGGAUACCUGGAAAAGAGAAUCAGAUUCCAGCUAGAGGAAGGAGAGGUCGACCACCCCAGGGCUGCUUUCGACAAGGGAAAAUGUUAUCUAGAGUUUCCUCUGCUGCUUGUGCUCAAGAAUUAAAAGUAAAGCAGAAAUUUGCUUUUGACAACCUAGGCUUUGAAGGCAGCUUGGAUAGUUUACCUGCAUCGUCAUCUUCAACAAGCAUCAGUACGAUCAACAUUUGGGGCAUGACAUGCCAGUCAUGUGUGAAAUCUAUUGAGGGCAAGAUUUCUAACUUGAAAGGUAUUGUGAGCAUAAAAGUUUCCCUUGAACAGGGCAGUGCCACUGUGAAAUACGCCCCCUUAACCAUAAACCUACAGCAGAUUUGCUCAGAAAUUGGGGACAUGGGCUUUGAAGCUAACAUAGAAGAGGGAAAGGCUGCAUCGUGGCCCACAAAAUCCUCAUCUGCUGAUGAAGCAGUGACCAAGCUUCGUGUGGAGGGCAUGACUUGCCAGUCAUGUGUCAAUACUAUAGAAGGGAAGGUUGGAAAACUUCAAGGAGUUUUGAAAAUCAAAGUCUCCCUUAGCAAUCAAGAGGCUGUCAUCACUUAUCAGCCUUACAUCAUUCAACCUGGAGACCUCAGGGACCAUAUCAAUGACAUGGGAUUUGAAGCCACCAUCAAGGGCAAAAUGGCACCAUUAAGCCUGGGUGUGAUUGAUAUUGAACGGUUGCAAAGCAACAACAAUUCAAAGAAAAUGCCAAUUCCACCCUUCUGUAGUAAUACUGAAGCAUGGGGGGACCAGCCCAGCCCAGGUACUACUCUACAGUUAGGAGUGGAAGGAAUGCACUGCAAAUCCUGUGUCUUGAAUAUUGAAGGAAAUAUAGCAGGACUACAAGGUGUACAAAGCAUUAACGUAUCCCUGGAAAACAAAAAUGCAGAUGUUCAAUUCGAUCCAGCUCACAUUACCCCACUAUUCUUGAAGCAAGCCAUUGAGGCUCUCCCACCUGGGAAUUUUAAAGUCACCCUCCCUAAUGGAGUAGAGGGCAGUGGGUUGGAGAAUUCAUUAGACAGCUUGUCUUCAAGACUUCCUCCGGCUACCCAAUCCCAAGGAAACCAAGUACAGGGAGAGUGGAGAACUGCUGUGCUUGGCAUUGAUGGAAUGACCUGUGCUUCCUGCGUGCAGAGCAUCGAGAGCUUACUAUCACAAAGGGAAGGGGUAGGAAAAGUUUCAGUCUCUUUAGCUGAAGGGAUUGGAACCAUCCACUAUAAUGCUUCAGUAGUGAGCCCUGAAGAGCUAAAAGAUGCUGUUGAAGACAUGGGAUUUGAGGCAUCUGUCAUCACUGAAACCAGUUCCAGAAAGCAUGUUGGAAACAUUUAUGCUGUGGAUCCUAACAGUCAAAUAGAGCUUAAGGACUCAGUUUCUCUUCAAGAGGAAGACUUUGAUGCUAAGGGGUAUCACAAAACAAACAUCUCGGACCACUCUCCAAAGCCUUUUCCCUCAGAUUAUCCACUUCACCCUAACACAGUGACCUCGGAAAAAUGCUAUUUACGCAUAGCAGGAAUGACCUGUGCAUCCUGUGUCUCCAACAUUGAAAGAAAUCUAUUGAAGGAAGAUGGCAUACUUUCGGUUCUGGUUGCUCUGAUGGCUGGAAAAGCAGAGGUCAAAUAUAAUCCACAAACCAUCCAGCCCCUUGAAAUAGCCCAGCUGGUCCAGAACUUGGGCUUUGAAACUACAGUGAUGGAAGAUUACAUUGGGUCAGAUGGCAAUAUCGAGCUGAUUGUCACAGGAAUGACCUGUGCUUCAUGCGUUCACAACAUUGAAUCUAAGUUGACCAGAACCAAUGGCAUUUUCUAUGCCUCUGUGGCUCUUGCUACUAGCAAGGCUCACAUCAAGUUUGAUCCUGAAAUCGUGGGUCCUCGGGAUAUUAUAAAAAUUAUUGAGGAGAUUGGCUUUCAUGCUUCCUUGGCUCAGAGAAAUCCCAACGCUCAUCAUUUGGAUCACAAGAUGGAAAUCAAACAAUGGAAGAAGUCUUUCCUAUGCAGUCUGGUGUUUGGCAUCCCUGUCUUGUGCUUGAUGAUUUACAUGUUAAUACCUAGCAGCCAGCCCCAUGAGUCCAUGGUAUUGGAGUACAACCUCAUCCCUGGAUUAUCCAUCUUAAAUCUCAUCUUCUUUGUCCUGUGCACUUUUGUCCAGUUCCUAGGUGGGUGGUAUUUCUACGUUCAGGCUUUCAAAUCACUGAAGCACAAGACAGCCAACAUGGAUGUGCUCAUUGUAUUGGCCACAAGCAUUGCUUAUGUCUACUCCCUUGUGAUUCUGGUGGUAGCCAUUGCCGAGAAGGCAGAGAAGAGCCCAGUCACCUUCUUUGAUACGCCCCCCAUGCUUUUUGUGUUCAUUGCGCUGGGGAGGUGGUUGGAACAUGUGGCAAAGAGCAAAACAUCUGAAGCUCUUGCAAAACUCAUGUCUCUCCAAGCCACAGAAGCUACUGUCGUGACACUGGGUGAUGACAACCUAAUUAUCAGGGAGGAGCAAGUACCUAUGGAGCUGGUUCAACGGAAUGAUGUAAUCAAGGUAGUCCCUGGGGGAAAGUUCCCAGUAGAUGGAAAAGUCCUGGAAGGCAGCACCAUGGCAGAUGAGUCCCUCAUCACAGGAGAAGCUAUGCCAGUUACUAAGAAACCAGGGAGCACUGUAAUUGCGGGUUCAAUCAAUGCACAUGGCUCUGUGCUAGUCACUGCUACCCAUGUUGGGUCUGAUACCACACUGGCACAAAUCGUGAAACUGGUAGAGGAGGCUCAAAUGUCAAAGGCACCUAUUCAGCAACUGGCUGACAAAUUUAGUGGAUAUUUUGUCCCAUUCAUCAUCAUUAUUUCAACUGUGACGUUGGUGGUAUGGAUUGUAAUCGGUUUUCUCGAUUUUGGUGUUGUUCAGAAAUACUUUCCUAAUGCUAACAAACACAUCUCCCAGGCAGAAGUGAUCAUUCGAUUUGCAUUCCAGACGUCCAUCACAGUAUUGUGUAUUGCCUGUCCUUGCUCUCUGGGCUUGGCUACACCAACAGCAGUCAUGGUUGGAACAGGGGUGGCUGCCCAAAAUGGUAUUCUCAUCAAAGGAGGAAAACCCCUCGAAAUGGCGCACAGGAUCAAGACUGUGAUGUUUGACAAAACUGGAACCAUCACCUAUGGUGUCCCCAAAGUUAUGAGAGUUCUUCUGCUUGUUGACGUGGUUUCCCUGCCGCUGAGGAAGGUUCUGGCAGUGGUUGGCACCGCCGAAGCCAGCAGUGAGCAUCCCCUGGGUGUGGCUGUCACCAAGUACUGUAAAAAGGAACUUGGAACUGAAACCCUGGGGUACUGCACGGACUUCCAAGCUGUCCCUGGGUGUGGAAUUGGCUGUAAGGUCAGCAAUGUUGAAGCUGUCCUGGCCCAGAGUGAAGACCCUUUAAAUGCACAGAAUCGUCAUCUGAACGGUGUUGGCAGCCUUCCCACUGGAAAAGAUGUAGCAGCGCCCCAGACCUACUCCGUGCUGAUUGGGAACCGGGAAUGGAUGCGACGAAAUGGUUUAACUAUAUCCUCUGAUGUCAAUGAUGCCAUGACAAGCCAUGAAAUGAAGGGGCAGACGGCAAUAUUGGUAGCUAUCGAUGGGGUGCUCUGUGGGAUGGUGGCCAUCGCAGAUUCUGUCAAGCAGGAAGCGGCUCUGGCUGUCCAUACCCUCAAAAGUAUGGGUGUGGAUGUGGUUCUGAUAACUGGGGACAACAGGAAGACCGCAAAAGCCAUCGCCACACAGGUGGGCAUCAACAAAGUUUUUGCCGAAGUCCUUCCCUCUCACAAGGUGGCCAAGGUCCAAGAGCUUCAAAACCAGGGAAAGAAAGUGGCCAUGGUAGGAGAUGGAGUGAAUGACUCUCCAGCCUUGGCAAGGGCUGAUGUUGGCAUCGCCAUUGGAACAGGCACAGAUGUAGCUAUUGAAGCCGCUGAUGUUGUCCUCAUUAGGAACGAUUUGCUAGACGUGGUUGCUAGCAUUCAUCUUUCCAAGAGGACUGUCCAGAGAAUACGAAUAAAUCUGGUCUUGGCCUUAAUUUAUAACCUAGUUGGGAUACCCAUUGCAGCAGGUGUAUUCAUGCCCAUUGGCAUUGUGCUGCAGCCCUGGAUGGGAUCCGCUGCCAUGGCCGCCUCCUCCGUGUCUGUGGUCCUUUCUUCACUGCAGCUGAAGUUUUAUAAGAAACCAGAUAUGGAAAAGUAUGAAGCCCAAGCCCAGGGCCAUAUGAGAUCCCUUACACCAUCCCAGGUCAGUGUUCACAUUGGAAUGGAUGACCGGCGAAGGGAUAACAAGGCCAUGCCUUGGGAUCGGGUCAGCUACAUCAGCCAAGUGGGACUGUCCUCCCCGACCUCAGAUAGGUCUCGGCAUGGCACCCUCGUAGAGGAUGGUGGGGACAAAUGGUCAUUGCUCCUGAAUGAUCACGAUGAAGAACAGUCCAUCUGAAAGGCAGCAGCUAACACAGAACAUUCACAGUGUGGUCAGGGCGCCAUGUUUCCCAGAGGAUCAAUGAGCUCCCCUGUACACAAAAGGAGGUGGGAAGGAAUUCCUUGGCUUCAGCUUGGCUACACAACUGUAGCAUUGCUUUUCCUUUGCUGGUAUGGACUGAAGUCUUCUCUGGCACUGGCCACAACCCGGGCGACCUAUGGCUGUUCCCAGAUACAAGAGUUCUAGCCCAUGGCAACCCUCCUCAGCCCUGGUUUGG